AAGGUUAGGUACUGAUCCACAUAGAGUCAGUCAGUUAUCCGACUUGAACCUCGCUGUUGUUGAGUCCUAUUUGAAAUUUUUCUCGGACACCGCGUCAGUCACUGUUCCUUCCUUGGCUGAGCUUGACGUUGGAAUAGCAUCUCCAUCAUCCAAUUAUUCAUACCACACAGUUUUUCAAAAUGAAGUCAGUCCUUUUAGUCGGUCUCUUUGGAGUCUUAGUCACCUUGAGUUACGCUGCGAAAUCAGCCCACUCGGAAGGACCAGAGUCCAGAGCGGAUUUGGUACGUGGUCAAGAACGUGGGGAUAAGGGCGGUCAUGGCGGUGGCGGUGGUGGUGGUGGUGGAGGUCACCAUGGUGGAGGCGGCGGUGGCGGUGGGGGUCAUGGCGGCGGUGGUGGUGAAGGUCAUUCCGUCUACCAUGAGACUGCUGGACAGGAGUUGUUCCAAGGAGAGGAAUGGAUGUUGCUGGUGCCCUUGGUGUUGAUCCCUCUCAUCAUUUUGGGAUGUUGGUACUUCAUGGGCGGAAAGGGCGGUGGGGACGACGGCUGGGGAUGGGACAGAAUGGGUUACAGUGACACCAACACGGUGGGAGGAACUGGGUCCGGCUACAAUUCUGGCAGCUACGACACGAGAUCCUUUGUCCCGGCGGAUUCCAUGGACAAAUCGACGCAUCAGCGAAUCAUGAACAGCAUUCAGCAGUAAAGGGAUUCAUAACCUAAAGUGACUUUAUCGACUCAUUACUCUAAAUCUACUCUCUGAGACCUGGCCUUCUUUAUGUUCGCAAAAGGGAAUUCUUCGCCUUGUUUGCAAAACCGACUAUAUAAUACUUUACUCUGGGGAUUAUCUAACUGGGUCAGACUGUUCUGAAUUUUUGCACGAUGCAAAAACAAGUCUGCCAAAUCUUACUACUUAUUAAGUACUGGGACAAAUACGACAUGUGAUUCGAUUCAAUUUUAAGAACCCACUCUCGGCGGCUCGAUUUAUAAAUUAUUGAGAAAUUUUAGUCUAUUUAAUCUUACAUUAAUUUGACUGCAAUGACGACUUGUUUCAAACGAGUUGUUUAUACGUACAUUUACCAAACAAAUCAAUCAACGAGACACAUACCAGAAUACUCAAUUACUCCGUUUGUUGGUCAUUUAUUUUUGUUAUUUUUUGCUGUGUGGAGUGAGAAAGAAGCUGCAAGGAAAGGGAUCAAUUUGUAUCAAGAACUUAGUGACAAUUAAGCUGCUAUGUAAUAUACCUUAAUUGUUAGCCAUACCCCAUAAGCAGACAAAAUGACUAUGUUAAUAUAUUUAUUAAAUUUUUUAAAGUGUUGUUUUGUAUUAUUAACUACGAUACUCGAAGGCGACAAAUGCUGAAAAAUAAAAAUGCAAUGCUAAAUAAAAACA